UGAUGAAAAAAAGGCGAACUUGCCUCCAAUUGUUGAAGCGUCACGUCAUGGAAAGAGUCACUUUGUUGCAGCGCGCUCAGGAAUAAACCCAAAGAAACAAUACAGAGCUGUGCUGUGUGUUGAUCCUCUGCAGGAGGACACUGUCUGGGUGCUGACUCUGCUUUUAUUUCUCCACUUUCAAGGAUCGACUGAAGAUGCGCAGGAACCUGUUUACAAGGAAAACGCAGCAAGUUUCAGUGUGAGGGAAUGCGGAGCGGGCUCACAAUGCACAGGGAUACCAUUACUCAUCCCUCUGUUUUUCUCCACACCGGACCACUUUGUCUUCAAGAUAUUUGCACCGAGGAUCAUUUCUAGGCUCCGGGAUGAGAAACAAGUGUCCGGUAAAGGAACAAGGCGAAGCUGCAGUCCGGUUUUUGAGGAUUAAAGCCACCGUCGGUGCUUUUGGAGGAGCUCUGUUGUGAAACCAGUUUUGUUUUUGAACCUGUUGUGUUAGGAAAGGAGGAAGCGUCCUUGUGUUAUGAGGAAGUUUGUGUGUUAUAGAGCGUUUAUAGCCUGAAGUUACUGUUAGACUUUUACACAUAUUAGAUAGUAAGACAAUAGAGUGAUAAUCUCAAUGGGCUGAGGAUGCUCGUGGGCACAGGAGGUUUGUUUUAGACUCUUUUGUUGGUGUAAUAGUUUUACGUAACUGUUGACGUCUCCUGUGUUUACCAAGCGUCAGAUCAUUAAAUUUACAUAAGUCAUACUCUGCUGUUGCACACCUGAUCUGACAGCUGCCAUGUAAUUUGAGAUGAGUUUAAAUAUUACAGUGAGCUAGUGUUUCCAACACAGCAUGCAUCAGGACAGCAGCAGCAUCAUCUAGGCACUAUGUGCAUGUAGAAGUUUUCUUGCUUUCGGACCCGCUGGAGUAUCAAGAUGUCAGUGAAAGCCAAAGCGAUCUACACUUUCCUGAGUGAAAACAAAGAAGAGAUCAGCAUCCAGGAGAAUGAGGAACUGGUUAUCUUCGACGAGAAGUCGGUGGAUGGCUGGUUUCAGGGGGAGAACAGCCGAGGGGAGAGGGGUCUCUUCCCUGCGUCCUAUGUGGAGAUUAUUCGCACUCGCUCCAACUCUAAUGUGACUGACUGCUCCAUAAGCCCGGCAGGAUCUUUAGGAAAUGACUCCUCCUACUUCCCUUCAACCCCAAACACCACUCUGCAUUUGCAGCAGAGUUACUAUGACGACGACGAUGAUGACUGGGACGACUGGGACGACAGGUCAACUGUGGUGGACGAUGGUGACCACACUAGGAGCCCAGGAGCCAAUGGACAUGCCCAUCAGAGCCCGCUGUCCAACAACCCCAAUGUGCACUACCGGGCCAAGCCGCACAUGGAGAGACAGGACAGCAUCUCCAGCUCGAGGAAAGGCAGCAUGGUGGGCAGGAACUUGAACAGAUUUUCCAGCUUUGUGCGCUCAGGGGUCGAAGCGUUCGUGUUGGGGGACGUGCCCAUGAUGGCAAAGAUAGCUGAGUCGUACACCAUCGAGAUGGGUCCUGUGGGGCCCGUGUGGAAGGACAACCCACAGCCUUUCUCCUGCUCCAUUGAAGACCCCACAAAACAGACAAAGUUCAAGGGCAUCAAGACGUACAUUUCGUACAGGGUCACGCCGAGCCACACUGGGCGUCCUGUCUACAGACGCUACAAACACUUUGACUGGCUGUACAACCGCUUGCUGCACAAGUUCACUGUGAUCUCUGUGCCUCACCUGCCCGAGAAGCAGGCCACGGGGCGUUUCGAGGAAGACUUCAUCGAGAAACGUAAGAGACGGCUGAUACUGUGGAUGAACCACAUGACCAGUCACCCAGUCCUCUCCCAGUAUGAAGGCUUUGAACACUUUCUGAUGUGCGCUGACGACAAGCAGUGGAAACUGGGCAAGAGACGAGCGGAGAAAGAUGAGAUGGUGGGUGCCCAUUUCAUGCUGACCCUCCAGAUCCCCAAUGAGCACCAGGACCUUCAGGAUGUAGAGGAGCGCGUCGACACCUUCAAGGCUUUCGCUAAGAAGAUGGACGACAGCGUGAUGCAGCUCACGCACGUCGCCUCGGAGCUGGUGCGUAAACACCUGGGUGGGUUCAGGAAGGAGUUCCAGCGGCUGGGGAAUGCCUUCCAGUCCAUCAGCCAGUCGUUCAUGCUGGACCCUCCCCACAGCUCCGAGGCCCUCAACAACGCCAUCUCCCAUACAGGCCGCACCUACGAGAACAUUGGAGAGAUGUUUGCAGAGCAACCUAAGUAUGACCUCUUCCAUAUGCUGGACAAGCUGUCGCUCUACCAAGGCCUGCUGGGCAACUUCCCCGACAUUAUUCAUCUACAGAAAGGUGCCUUUGCCAAGGUGAAGGAGAGCCAGCGGAUGAGUGACGAAGGGAAGAUGGACCAAGACGAGGCAGACGGCAUUAGGAAACGCUGCCGGACGGUUGGGUUUGCCCUCCAGGCAGAGAUGACCCACUUCCAUCAGCAGCGAGAGGUGGACUUCAAAGACAUGAUGCAGGCCUACCUCACCGAGCAGAUAGCCUUUUACCAGCGUGUUGUCCAGCAACUGGAGCGCACCCUGCGCAUGUAUGACUGUCUGUAAGGACGCCGAACUGCUGCCCAGUUCAAGAUGCCAAAAAACACAGGACAGACGGAAAAGGAGUAAUCGAAGUCUUGACUCUUAUCAAGGCGUUUUGUUUGGUUCAGUUUGAAAAGACUUAAAUAAAUGAAACAGUAGUUACUGGAAAGACGUGCAAAGCCGGUCAGUCUUUCACUUUGAUGGAUUCAAAGUUUCCUUUUUUUGUUUUUUUUUAAAAACCUACUGUACCUAUUAUUUCUGAAAUACACAUCACAUAGGCAGUGUCACAGCAUAUUGUUUAUUUUACAUAAUUUAAGGUGUUUGUAACAUUAAAAUAAGAAUAUAGGUUUCAGAUU